ACUUUCCAACCAAGUGAAACCAACAAACUGUACGGAAGGGAGAGUGUGUGGCGGGACAGGUUAUGGCUCCUACCAUCUCUUCCUCAAUCGUGUCUCAUGCUCACCGUUUUCCGUCCUCAAAUCCUAACCCUAAUUCCUUUCUUCUCCGUAGUCGCACCCAAUUUAUCGCCUUCGCUUCCAAUUCUUCUCCUCCCGAAGGUGCCAACGGCAAUGUCCAACACGACGCCACCGAGAAGAAAUCGUUUGCCGUGGCCACUGGCGAGCUCUUCUUGGGCCUAGCAGCGCGCCUUAUUAAGAGCCGCAGCAAGCUCACCGAUUCGGCUUCGGUGGCCAUGUUUGAGAAUUCAAAUUCAGGGAAAUUGUAUGAGGAUCGAAUUGGUGCUGUUGUGGAGGAUGAGAUCGAUCCCGACGUCGUUUGGGAGCAAAGGGUCAAAGACGUUGAAGCGGAGCGUAGUAGACGAAUCGUCACCAACCCUGGCUUUAGCUUCUCUGCUGCUGGUCUUCUCUUCCCUUACCAUCUCGGUGUUGCUCAGUUUCUCAUUCAAAAUGGUUACAUUAAGGAAACCACACCGUUAGCUGGUUCCUCUGCUGGAGCUAUAGUUUGUGCUGUGAUUGCUUCAGGAGCUAGUAUGGAAGAAGCCUUGAAUGCCACUAAAAUGUUGGCUGAAGAUUGUCGGAAUCGCGGGACUGCAUUUCGGCUGGGGGCUGUUCUACGUGAUAUUCUUGACAAGUUUUUGCCAGAUGAUGUUCAUAUAAGAUCCAAUGGGAGAGUUCGAGUUGCUGUGACACAGCUUCUUUGGAGACCCAGGGGUUUGUUGGUGGAUCAAUUUGAUUCCAAGGAAGAUCUCAUCAAUGCAGUUUUUACUUCUUCUUUUAUCCCAGGAUAUCUUGCACCAAGGCCAGCAACAAUGUUUCGAAAUCGACUGUGCAUUGAUGGGGGUUUAACAUUAUUUAUGCCACCGACAUCUGCAACACAAACGGUUCGUGUUUGUGCUUUCCCAGCUAGUCGAUUGGGAUUGCUAGGGAUUGGAAUUAGUCCAGACUGUAAUCCUGAAAACAUGUCCAGUCCGCGGCAGCUUUUCAACUGGGCACUUGAGCCAGCAGAAGAUGCAAUUCUUGACCGACUUUUUGAACUUGGAUAUCUAGAUGCUGCUGUUUGGGCAAAGGAAAACCCAGUUGAAGUAAUAGUUCAAGAUGCCAGUCCUGCGUUUGGAAAUAGCAAUGCAAAAUAACUCAUCAUAUAGAUUGAAGAAGCAUGAGGAAACUACAAAUCAUUGAACUGUUACCUUGAACUGGAGCCCUAAAUUGGCAAAAGUUCUUGGGGAGAGGUUCAUGACUACCUAGGGUAUAAAUCUGGUUCAUUCAUAUUUAUUGUAUAUUGCAAUAGAAUUACAAAGGAUAGAAAAAAGAAAAAAGUUUUUAAAAGUAGAGGCAAUAUAUUUAAAAUUUACAAGUUAGAAGGUUCUUGUUUAAAAUUCGUUAUUCUUUAUAAUUUGUGAAUUUUAAAUAGACUUUACAGCUACUUAU